AUGGUUCAAAGUCAAACAGUUGAACCCCAAAUGCUAUCGUGCCGCUGCAAGACAGUGAAGAACAAGAGGACUAUUAUCGCUGGCCUAAAUUCAGAUACCUGCAGUAGAGAAAUGCUGCUUGGAUUGCUCACUUCUGUUGUUAAACCAGAAGACAAUGUGAUAGCUAUUCAUGUGGAAGAAACAGAUGAUACAUUUGAUCCAAACACUUUCCACAUUCAUGAAGAUAUCUGCAAGUCCAAGAAGGUAGAUUUUCAAGUAAAGGUCUGCAUAGGAGAUUCAUACAUUUCUGAAUUAACUUACCAAGUUAGAGUCAGCUAUGCUACAAUCCUCACACUUGGUUGCAGCUCUUCAGGGCUCAAUGUUUCAGCUAUCAGUGCUUGCCUGAAAGGAUUACCUCCUUCGUGCACACUUCUGGUUAUGAAUAGUGUUGGAAGAAUUUUGUUUCAGAGGGAGGGAACUUGCCAACAAGGUUCUGUAAAGAUAGCCCGGCCCUUGCAAUCUUCGCAGUCAUUUUCUUCAGGGUACACCUGUUAUAAUCAGUCAAAUACAUCCCGGAAAUUGCAUAAGUCAUUGACAAUACCAUCUGCUCCUCCUGUAUCAUCAAUGCGGCGAUUUACUAGAAGGGCACUCUCUUCUGCACAUAAAACAGUGGAGGUUUCUGAUUUUGUGGCUCAAAAACUGUUUCAUAGAUUGGCACUACUGGAAGCAGAAGGUUCCAGCAGGCAUUUCGCCUCCCAAGAGCUUCGGUAUGCAACUAACAAUUUCAGCCCUGACAUGGUGAUUGGAGAAGGUGGACAUAGCAAGGUGUAUCGAGCCACUCUUGAAGAUGGUAGAGGUGCAGCUGUGAAAGUCCUCAAAACCACACACCAUUCAGUCAAUGAUCUUUUCCGCGAAGUAGAUUUUCUGUCUAGUAUGAAUCACAAGAACAUAAUUCAGAUAAUUGGGUUCUGUGAUAGUGGAGAGAUGCUUGCGAUUGUGUAUGAUCUUUUACAUGGAAGCUUGAGGAGGAAUUUGAGACAACUAAGGUGGAGUGAGAGGAUGAAAGUUGCACUUGGUGUAGCAAAAGCUUUAGAGUACCUUCAUCAUUCUCACAACCCUCCCAUCAUUCAUAGGGAUGUCAAGUCUUCUAACAUUCUCCUCUCCCAUGAUUGCGAACCAAUAUUGUCCGAUUUUGGAGCAGCAAUGGUACUUCGUCAAUCUCAGCAUGCAGACGUGCCAUGUGAUGUUGUUGGGACGUUUGGAUACUUAGCCCCAGAGUACAUGAUGUAUGGCAAGGUUGAUGAGAAGAUAGAUGUGUACUCAUAUGGGGUGGUGCUUUUAGAACUCAUUACUGGGAAAGAGGCUAUUCAAACCGACCAGGAGAUUCGAGAGAGCUUAGUACUUUGGGCAAGGUCCCUACUGAGCUGUGGCAUAUGCGAACGUCUAAUUGAUCCUUACUUGUCUGAGGAGUAUAACAAGGAAGAGAUGGAAGUAAUGAUGAUAGCUGCACGCCUCUGCCUUAUGCAUUCAUCUUCUAGAAGACCAACCAUGAAAACGAUACUUAGGCUAUUUGAGGAGCCAGAUCAUUGGUUAAGGAUGCAGAGAGAAAGAGAUGAGUUUCUGAAAGGGACUAAUUCAAAAGAUGAAACAGUUACUUGAAAAACCUCAUAUAUGACACACAGUUCAAUGUUGUUGAUCACGUAGACUUCACCAUGUGAUCAACAGCAGCAACAUCCUGCAACAAUGCCGUAUAUACACAGAUAUGUAGUGGAAAUUUAUUGUGGAAAAAUGUAGAAUUAAUGAAUGAGAUAAAUUGUCUGCUCGGCCUCCUGAUAUCUGAAACCAUUAUUGGAUCAUUGGAUGUGUUUGCAAGG